CCCAAACAGCAAGGCCUGGGCCCAGCUAGGCCUGAGUGUGGGGGAUGUGUCAGUGCACAUCUGCCUGGCUUAACAUGCCAUCCAAUGGGAAAACUGUUGAAUCGGGUGGUGCCAGGGGGUCUUCCCCUACACAAAUAGGGAGCAGGAGAGGGACGCUGAGGGAGAAGGAUAGGAGCUUUGGGAUCCACCCCUCCAAUCUUCUUUACAAGGUCACUCUGAGAAAGGGGACGAGGACAGGAGCCUGUGACAGAGGAACUAAGGGAGGACUAGGUGACCCUAGGGUCAGGAGGUGGGAGGAGGAAGGGCUGUACCCCCACAUCCAUUAUGAAAUAUUUUCCUGGAAAACCAGCCAGCAACUAGGAAGCUCCUGGGCAGUGGCUGGAAAGAAAGGUUAAGGUGCCAACAGCAGAGAAGCUGGAAUCUGGGGUGCCUCCAGGAGAGGACAGCCCCCACUCUAGCCGUGAAUCCAGGGGCUUCCCAGGGAGGGUGGAGAGACCAGACUUGUGGAGAGGGGCCUGGGGAGCCUCUGGUUUGGCCUCAGCCAUCAUCGCCGUUGUCUCAGCUGCUGCAGAUCUGCCUGCUCUGUGUCCUUCCUCCUCCUCCUCCCCCGACCUCUUUGCUGUGUCUCCUCCAUUUGUCUCUCUCCUUCCCUUGUCAUCACUGUCCCUGACCCCUCUCGUCCUCUUCCCUGCCUUCUUUGACUGUCUUUCCCUCCCUCCCAUCAUCUUUCCUCCUCCUUCCCUCCUGCUCUCCACCCUCCUGUUUCCCAGCUUAUAAACUGCUUCGGCUGCUGGAUAAAAAUAGCGGUGGCAGCGGCCAGGCCGGGAGCCAGCAGGCCCCUGAGGGAGGGAGCUGUCAGCCAGGCAAAACCGAGAACAUCAUCGCCAUGACAACCAGUCACCAGCCUCAGGACAGAUACAAAGCUGUCUGGCUUAUCUUCUUCAUGCUGGGUCUGGGAACGCUGCUCCCAUGGAAUUUUUUCAUGACGGCCACUCAGUAUUUCACAAACCGCCUGGACAUGUCCCAGAAUGUGUCCUUGGUCACUGCUGAACUGAGCAAGGACGCCCAGGCGUCAGCCGCCCCUGCAGCACCCUUGCCUGAGCGGAACUCUCUCAGUGUCAUCUUCAACAAUGUCAUGACCCUAUGUGCCAUGCUGCCCCUGCUGUUAUUCACCUACCUCAACUCCUUCCUGCAUCAGAGGAUCCCUCAGUCCAUACGGAUCCUGGGCAGCCUGGUGGCCAUCCUGCUGGUGUUUCUGAUCACUGCCAUCCUGGUGAAGGUGCAGCUGGAUGCUCUGCCCUUCUUUGUCAUCACCAUGAUCAAGAUCGUACUCAUUAACUCGUUUGGUGCCAUCCUGCAGGGCAGCCUGUUUGGUCUGGCUGGCCUCCUGCCUGCCAGCUACACGGCCCCCAUCAUGAGUGGCCAGGGCCUAGCAGGCUUCUUUGCCUCCGUGGCCAUGAUCUGCGCUAUUGCCAGUGGCUCGGAGCUAUCAGAAAGUGCCUUUGGCUACUUUAUCACAGCCUGUGCUGUUAUCAUUUUGACCAUCAUCUGUUACCUGGGCCUGCCCCGCCUGGAAUUCUACCGCUACUACCAGCAGCUUAAGCUCGAAGGACCCGGGGAGCAGGAGACCAAGUUGGACCUCAUUAGCAAAGGAGAGGAGCCAAGAGCAGGCAAAGAGGAGUCUGGAGUUUCAGUUUCCAACUCUCAGCCCACCAACGAAAGCCACUCUAUCAAAGCCAUCCUGAAAAAUAUCUCAGUCCUGGCUUUCUCUGUCUGCUUCAUCUUCACUAUCACCAUUGGGAUGUUUCCAGCCGUGACUGUUGAGGUCAAGUCCAGCAUUGCAGGCAGCAGCACCUGGGAACGUUACUUCAUUCCUGUGUCCUGUUUCUUGACUUUCAAUAUCUUUGACUGGUUGGGCCGGAGCCUCACAGCUGUAUUCAUGUGGCCCGGGAAGGACAGCCGCUGGCUGCCAAGCCUGGUGCUGGCCCGGCUGGUGUUUGUGCCGCUGUUGCUGCUGUGCAACAUCAAGCCCCGCCACUACCUGACUGUGGUCUUCGAGCACGAUGCCUGGUUCAUCUUCUUCAUGGCCGCCUUUGCCUUCUCCAACGGCUACCUCGCCAGCCUCUGCAUGUGCUUCGGGCCCAAGAAAGUGAAGCCGGCUGAGGCGGAGACCGCAGGAGCCAUCAUGGCCUUCUUCCUGUGUCUGGGUCUGGCACUGGGGGCUGUUUUCUCCUUCCUGUUCCGGGCAAUUGUGUGACAAAGGAUGGAUGGACAGAAGGACUGCCUGCCUCCCUCCCUGUCUGCCUUCUGCCCUUCCUUCUGCCAGGGGUGAGCCUCACUGGUCUGGAGGUUUUUCUUCUAACUGACUUCUGCUUUCCACGGCGUGUGCUGGGCCCAGAUCUCCAGGUCCUGGGGAGGGAGCCUUUGGACAGACAGUGGGGACAUUGUGGGCUUGGGGCUCAGAGUGGAGGGACGGGGUGUAGCCUCGGCAUCUGCUUGAGUUUCUCCACUCUUGGCUCUGACUGAUCCCUGCUCGUGCAGGCCAGCGGAGGCUCUUGGGCUUGGAGAACACGUGUGUCUCUGUGUGUGUGUCUGUGUCAGUGUCUGCCAGACUGUCCGCCUGUCCCGGGGUGGCUAGGAGCUGGGUCUGACCGUUGUAUGGUUUGACCUGAUAUACCCCCUACCUCCGUUCUCCCCUGCGCCGCCUCCUCUGUGUUCUCUCCAUGUCCCCCUCCCAGCUCCCCAUGCCCAGUUCCUACCCAUCAUGUACCCUGUACAGUUGCCACGUUACUGCCUUUUUUUAAAAAUAUAUUUGACAGAAACCAGGUGCCUUCAGAGGCUCUCUGAUUCAAAUAAAGCUUUCUUGUUUUUUUCUCCUUG